AUGCCACCAAGAAGGGAUCCCGGGGAAAGUUCUAGCUCCAAUCCCGUAGAAAGGGAUCAGGAGCAAGCAGCUCUUUUUAAAGCAUUUCGGCCGGCAAAAGCAUCAUCGUCACAGUUUGUGCCACCACUAGCACCACGACCACCACCACCACCACCUCCAAAGACAAAUGAGUUGGAUGAUACUCUUUAUCACAUUGCCAAGUUCAUGAAGUUGAUGCCAACCUUGUUUGAGGGCAGUCCAGAUUCACUUGUUGCGGAUAGUUUCAUGGAUAGGGUGGAAAAACAUAUCAACGCCAUGAAUUUGGCGACGGAUAAGUUGAAGAUUAUAUUAGCAACUUAUAACUUUGUUGGGGAUGCUGAGAUUUGGUGGAAGACUGUUUCUCACACCCAUAAUUUGGACACCAUAACAUAUGACACGUUCAAGAAGUUGUACUAUGAAAAGUAUUUUCCGACACCCAAGCGGAGAGAGUUAAAGAAAGAGUUUGAUGGGUUGAGGCAAGGGAACAUGACAGUCACUGAAUAUGAAAAUAAGUUCACAUCGCUUUUGAGGUUUGCACCGGGGAUUGCCAAUGAUGAGGAAGGAAAAAUAGAGAAGUUUGUUAAUGGCCUCGAUCUUACCAUCAGGCCAAUUACGGCCGCUUCAGAACCGACAGAUUAUACGAAGGCAGUGCGGAAGGCCUUAGUGGUUGAAGCUGAAAGCAAGGAUAGCAAAGCUAUCAGAGAGUCUUAUAAGCACAACAGGAGUAUGGGUGCUUUCUCCGAGGGUCAAUCAAGUAAGAAGCAGAAGUAUGAGUAG